CAGCGCGACCGCGGUUAGUAUUGGCGCCAAGGCCGUGGCGGGCGUUCAUAACCCGCCUGGCUCAAAGCCAGCGCCCGCAGCCGGAGGAGGGGGAGGUGGGAAUAUUUUGGCCCCGAUCACUCUUGAGGGCGGGGGUGGUUAUUCCCGACAUUAUCUUGAAAAUCAUGAGGGCACCGACGACUCGCAAAGGGCUUCAAACUCCGGACUGUCACGAUCCCGUAAAGCCACAACCUCAAACGCAAGCGACUUGGCCUUGCUGCGGGCCGCAAGGUACGUCGACCUGCCGGAGUUUGUCCUGAGGCUACCCAGAUGCAAAACCUAUCGAAACCAAGACAAAUUUGUGAACAUGGACGUAGCGUGACUCAGCUUGUUCAGCUAUAAAGGUAGCGCAAUUUUUUUCCCUCGAGGUCGAGACCCAUGUAGAGCUGCGUGACAUGUGUGUGUUGUAAGCCGCAAGUGCAAAGCAAGAGAGAAUUGAAAAAGAGUGGGCAUGAUCUCAUUCAGAAGAAAGAUAUAUUUUCUAUAGUAUGUUGUAUGAUGCACGAACGAAGACGAACACGCGCAGGACUUGCUUCAGGGUUUUGCUUCCAUACAAGAAAGCU